CGCACACAUAGCUUGUAAGUUACCUCCCAGCGUUCCUCGGUUGACAGCGUCUGGGUAAGGCAGCUAGCGGGUUGGACUUCCCAGGAUACAGUUGUUCUCCAAGAGAGAAACCAGGAGGAGACAAGACAUGACAGUUGAACUAAUGAAAGCCAUGCUACAGGAAGCAGUGACGUUCAACGAUGUUGCAAUAGACUUUUCUCAGGAGGAGUGGGAGUGGCUGAAUUCUGCUCAGAGGAGUUUGUACAGGACUGUGGUGCUGGAGAACUAUCGGAACUUGGUUUCUGUGGGAGCUUGCAUUUCCAAACCAUCUCUAAUCUCCUUAUUGGAACAUGGGAAGGAGCCUUGGGAGGUGAAGGGUCAGGUGACAGGAAGCAGAGUACAAGGUGGUGAAUCUGUACAGAAGACACAAGAAUUAUCUCUGAGGCAAUUGGCGUUUGAGGACGAGUCAGUGGAGAACAUUACAAGUGUUGGUUGUGAGUCUCUCACUUCUGGAAGAAAGCAGAAAUGCAAAGACCUUCUUGAUAGACAGAUGAGUCAAGAAAUAUUUAACCUGAAAGAAACAGUCACUCACAAAAGAACUCACACUAAAGAAAUAGGCUACAAACACAGCAAAUCUUUAAAAUCUGCCCGUCUGGAUAGUGUAGAAGAGAAUAUUUAUACUCACAAGUCAAAUAAGAAAAGCUUCUCCAAAAAUCCCAAGGUUCGGAAAUACAAGAAAAUCUGGGCAGGGAAGACCAUUUUUAAAUGUAAUGAAUGUGAGAAAACCUUCACACACAGCUCAUCUGUUACUGUUCAUCAGAGAAUUCACACGGGGGAGAAACCAUAUCAAUGUACCGUGUGCGGAAAGGCCUUCAAGCAGAGCCACCACCUUGCUCAGCAUCACACAACACACACCCACGAGAAACUCUUCGAGUGUGAGGAAUGUAAGAAAGCCUUCAGCCAGAAUUCAUACCUCAUUGUACACCGAAGAAUUCACACUGGAGAAAAACCGUAUAAAUGUAAGGAGUGCACAAAGUCCUUCAGGCAGCCUGCCCACCUGGCUCAGCAUCAGAGGAUUCACACGGGGGAGAAACCCUAUAAGUGUAAGGAAUGUGGGAAGGCCUUCAGGGACAGUUCUACCUUUGCUCAGCAUCAGAGGUGUCACAAUGACAAACGGCCCUUUCAGUGUGUUGAGUGUGGUCAAGCCUUCAGGUACAGCAUGUCCCUAACUCGUCACUUUAGGUAUUAUCAUACCAGAGAGAAGCCAUUUGACUGCACUGACUGUGGGAAAGUCUUCAGUGUUCACAUAGGACUAACUUUGCACAGGAGAAUUCACACCGGAGAGAAACCACACACGUGUCACGUGUGUGGAAAAGCAUUCCGCAGUGGGUCAUCCCUGACUGUACACUACAGGAUUCACACAGGCGAGAAACCUUACAAGUGUGGAAUCUGUGGAAAAGCCUUUAGCCACAGCAUGUCACUCACUGGCCACCAAAGAGUACAUUCUGGAGAGAAACCAUAUAAAUGCAAGGACUGUGGGAAAGCUUUUCGGCAGAGUAUACACCUUGUUGUUCACUCAAGAAUUCAUACUGGAGAAAAGCCCUAUGAAUGUAAGGAAUGUGGGAAGACCUUUAGGGAGAGUUCUCAGCUGACCACUCAUCAGAGAAACCACACGGGAGAAAAACCUUUUGAAUGUAAGCAGUGUGGUAAAUUUUUCAAAAGAAGUACCUAUCUUGCCAGACAUCAGAAAAUCCAUACAGGAGAAAAACCUUAUGAGUGUAACGAAUGCGGCAAAACCUUCACACAUACUGCCUAUCUUAUAAGACACAAGAGGGUCCAUACUGGAGAGAAGCCUUACAAAUGUACCGAAUGUGGAAAGGCAUUUGGUGAUGGCUCCUCCCGUGCUCAGCAUCAGAGACUUCACAGUGGUCAGAGGCCCUAUGUAUGUGAGAAAUGUGGAAGGGCAUUCAGGACAAAGUCAUCCCUUAAUUGCCACCAAAGGUGUCACACUGGAAAGAAACUGUAAAACUGUGUCCCCCAUGGCAAACCCUUUAGCCGCCUACGAACCUGUAGCAUUCAUCAGAGAAUUUAGCUUUCAACCAGAUUGUUCACUGUACUCUACAUGGAAGAUUUCACACAAGUCAAAGAGCUCUUAGGAAUGUAAGGGAUGGGGAGAAAUCUUCAGUAAGUGUUCUUAAACCAUCCAUCAUUGGUGAGUUCUUGAUGCAGUCAUCUCAGGCAUCCCUCUAUGUCGCCAGGUCCUGUGCAUAUACCUGCUAAGUAUUUCCAUUUAUUUUUGGUCCCUUAACCUCCUGAUCCAAAACACAAUUGUUUUGCUUGGACUUUUUCAAAUGUCUGUAAUCAUCUUGUUUCCUUCAAGUUUAUUACUCAUUUAUUUUACAGUCAGAAAAAUCCUUUUUAAAAAUAUAAAUGUUAUUUAUGUAACUCUUCUAAUACUCAUUGUAAAAUGUUUAUUUAAUGCACAUAAAAUGUUUAGCAACAUGAUUGACUGUAUUAAGUUUGGAUGGAGAACAUCCCUUCAAUGAUUAGGAGACACAUCAGCACAGAACACAGAGAGGCCACACACAGAGGCAAAGGAACAUGAGGGGGUAUCGUAUCCCUGAGCCAAUGCUUUAUUGGGCCCAGCGUUACAGAUUUCCUUUGUUGAGUCGCAACAGGCAGGCAUGAGUUCUGGGAGGUCAUCUCAUGUGUAGAGAGUGAUCAUUGUGACAUACGUGCCCAGUCCAUCUUCAGCAGUGCAAUUAAAGGAAGCAGUGAAAGCAGGGAGCCCCCUUUGACCGGUUCUUGUUCUUGGCACCAGCUUGAGCCACUUGUGGAUGGUGUGAUACUAGGAAGUGUCAAAGGUGACUGACCUACACCUCCAACCUGGGAAAGUUAAAACUUCAAUGAAAUAGAUAACAAGAGAACAUAAAAUGAAAGGACUUCAAUACACUGACCCAUAGGGGUGCUUAGAUAACCAGAAAAAUUAUUUCUAAACCAUGGCCUCUCGAACUUGGAACUUAGGUGGUGACAACAAUUUAGAAACGGAAAGUGUCUUCAGGUGGAACAAUUAGUAUGUGUAGUGUAUUUAAGAUGGAAACUUUCUAAUGAUCCUAAAGGUUAUUUUUUUCUUAUUGGUAAAGAAAUUAAAUCUGGUCUGGUAUGUAGAAUCUGUUUUAGGAAGUGCCUAGAAGUUAAAGACUGAAACAAAAGAAUUAGAAUUUAUUUGGGAGAAAAUACACAUGUGUAUAUAUAGUGUAGGUCACAAAAGAAACAUUCUUAUAUUUACUAACAAGCCCCCAGCAGGCCAGUCUAGCCGAAACAGGGAGCCCCAGGCUUACCAUGAGAUCCUGUCUCAAAAUGUAAGGUGGAGGGCAACAGACUCCCAAC